AUGGCUCAGACUACAAUACCUGUAACAACUGGUCCUCAAGUAAGUGGACCAGCAGUUACUCCCUCAGCUACAACACCUGUAUCGGCUGCUACUGCUGUAGCAACUCCUAAGGUAGCUCCUUCUGGUCGACCCGUUACACUUAACAUCAGUGGGAAGGUCAGUACUGAUGACUACGAUUACACUGUGGAUCAUAAUAGAAAUGUUAAGAUUUUCACUGCCAAGGGUAGUUCAAUGUUUAACAAGGUCUUCAAGGAUGAAACACCUAUUUGGACGACUAAUGACAGUACUAAUUAUGUCACUAAGGUUUUCACUGAUGGUAUAGGCACUUGUUCCAGUACCAAAAAUGUGACCAUAUAUCUGUUUAACGGUCAGAUAGAACAUUAUUGUAAGUCAGAAGGUGGAUGGCAGAAAGCUUCUAAUAAAAUAUCCCUUGACCUAGGUAAGACCUCUAGUACAAUUGGGUUUGACUUUCACCAUGAUGGUGAAAGGAGGACUUUUACUGCAAAGCCUGGAUACCUAUUCAAAAAUGUCUUCCUCAGUGGAUGUAUUGCUGGUAAUACUUUUUGGGAUGCAAAAACUGACAGUGAAUGUUCAAGCAAGGUGGUGGUCUAUGGUGUAGAGUCAAGUAUUAGGAACGUUAACGUAUUCCUGGAAAAUGAUAAAGUUAUACACGCCCAUAGGGUAGGAAGUGAUUGGAUCUCAAAAACUGGCUUUGUUCUUGAUAUCAACACCAAUAAGAAUAAUGACCUUUUCGACUAUAGAUCGACGAGAGGAUUCGGCCACUUCAAUCCCAAGGCAAAUUUGUCGAUCACUAGGAUUGUGAAGAAAGAGCUUAGGAUCUGGUCUGCGAAAGAUAAUGACUAUGGUCUGAAGGUAGUACUCAUGGGCUCUGGCAAGGAUGUGAAACAUCUGUCAAUUCUGUUGCAGAGCGGAAAGUUUGUGCUCCUUAGCAAGAGCGGUCAGAAUAAGCCUUGGCAAGACGUCACUCAAAAUAAACAUAAUUUCUCCGGGGUAAGGCUGUUCUCCCUGGAAGAAGGAACAUCAAAGUACCAUCAACUGACUAAGGAAGAUUAUGAGCCAAUUGUGUUUGAAUGUAGAUAUGGUUAUGAGUUCAAAAAUGAUGUCAGGUGUGUGAUGAUCACCAAUAUGGAUAUGGUACUGUGGAGCCACACCGAAGACACGGAGUUUGGUUAUCCUAAGGGAUUCUAUCUCGAUCUUCGUCAAAACAAGUUCAGUGUCACAAGUCUUAAAGAUCAGACAAAGGAAGUAACUCCCACAAAAAUAAGUGCCGCAAUUUCUGUUGCUACUCCUGUAGUUAAAGUUCCAGUUGCUGAACCAGUGAAAGCUCCUGUAGCUAAAGAAGCAAUAGUGACCCCUAAAGCAACUCUUGUAGCAGGUCCACCAAUUGUUAAGUUAUAUUCCAGUAAACCAGGGGAACUCACAUGUAAAGUUGAGAAAGAGUUUGACGAUUUUGAUUACUUCCUAGAAGAUCUUAAAUGCGAAGUCAUUACACAUGACGGAAACUGUGUUUGGAAACAUGAAACUGGUAAACCCUACCCAAGGUAUAUGAGCUACAACGAGGAGGACUGUAAAAUAGUUGUAAGUUUCGAGAAGGAGUACUAUACGUGUACCAUCCAAGAUAGUAAGUGGAAAUCAGUGAUACGUAGUUAUGAUGCGUUUGGGACUGGUGGUAUUGGCCCAUCAUACGCAUUUGGUGAUACCUCUGCCUUAACUAAAUCGUAUUCCAUUAUUGCAACUGGAGACACUAUUAAACCAACUGAGGCUAAGACAGUCGCCGCUCCAGCAGUUACAGCCCCUGCCAAGCCCUCUGAGGCCACAUCCGUGGCUCUGGAUAUUGAGAAGAAGCAGACCACCACCGAGUAUGACUAUAAGGAUGAUAAUGGAGUUGUCACAUACACUCCCAAGGCAGGUCAUCUGUUCAAUAAGGUUUCAGAAGGCCAGCAUGAAAUUUGGAAAUCAGUUGCUAAUGUGUUUGGGACGUUGGUUAGGACUAAGGAAUCCAAGGGUAUUAAUUACCUUGUAGUCCUAUUGACCAAUAGGACAUUCACGUUGUUCCAAGAGGCUGAUGAAGAUUGGACUGACAUAACUUCCAAGAGGCACGAUGUUGCGAAGCUGAAGUUCCUGGGCGAAGGAGACGCCGUGCUGAAGGAGACAGACUACGAUGUAACUAUUGUAGACAUGUCAUUUAGUCACACAUUCAAAAGUGGAGUCAAUUGUAAGAAGGUUAAAUUGGGUCAAGAGGUUGUCUGGAAAUCAGGUGACGAUCCAAAGUUUCAACAGAUAACAGUAUUUUCGCUAGGUCUUGCUUCAAACUGUUUCUUCAUUAAGAACCCGUCUGGUGAAGUCAAGAAGAUAGAAUAUGAGGCUAAGACUAAAGAAGAGGUUAAGGAGACAGUUAAAGUUGGAGAGCCCACUAAACCCACGGAGGCUAAACCAGUAGCUGAACCUGCAAAGCCUGUAGCUGAACCAACUAAGGAGGUAACUGAGACGAUCAAACCUGCUACAGCUCAAGUAACAACUGCUGUAACAACUCAACCUACAACAACUCCUGUUGUUAAAGAGACUCCUAAGCCAGCAGGACCUCCCAAACCUGCCGCUCCAGCUGCGCCUGAAGAACCUUUGUCAGCUCGUACUGAUAAGUCCAUCGACCUCGACAUUGAUAAGACUGAGGGUACUGAUAAGAUUGAGUACUCAAAGAGCCAGAGUGGUAAUAUUCAUAAUUUCACUCCUAAGGGUGAUCAUUUGUUCAUUAAGAUUACAGAGAAAAAUGAUGUUGUUUGGGAGUCAAGAAGUAAUUUGUUUGGUACCAAGGUUAUAUUUAUUAGUGAGGGUAACAAGAAUUACGUAGGUAUCAUACUUGAUAACGGUGGAUUUGUACUACUUAACAAGUUCGCUGGGAAGUGGGACGAUAUCACUAAUACCAAGUAUGAUGUAAUGAAGCUGAAAUUCUAUGAUGACAAAAACAAGGAACUCACGUCCUCGAGUUACACGGUUGCUCUAGUUGACUACUCUUACAGGUUCACGUUCAAUGAUGAAAAAACCUGUAAGAAAGUUAAGUAUGGAGAGGAUGAUGUUUGGAAAAGUACGGAUCCUAACACCUAUAAAGAAAUUAAGAUGUUCGAUCUUGCUUUUGUUUCUAACUCUUUCUUCAUCGGUGAGGAUAAAAAUAAAUUUAAGAAACUAGAUUUUAAACCAACUACUACAUCUGUUACUCAACCAAAGGUAACACCCGUAACAACUGCAGCAGUUACAACUCCAGCAACUACUACACCUUCUGCUCAACCUAAGACAACUCCAGCAACAACUACAACUACUGCUACUCCUGGAACUCCAGCAACCACAACUGGUACUACAGCUGCCACACCUACAACACCUGUAACAUCUACUACACCUGCUGCUCAACCAAAGGCAACUCCCACAACUACAACUACUCCUGCUACGCAAACACCUGUAACAGCUGUUACUCCAGCCGAGACAACUACAACACCUACAACACCUGCUGCUAAAACUGCGACACCUACAACACCUGUAACAACUGCCACCACUAACCAGCUUACCCUUGAUAUUGCCAAGAAUCAGAGUACCAAUGAGAUUGACUAUUCUAAGAGUGAUGAUAAUAAGUAUCAUAAGUACGCUCCGAAGUCAGGUAAAGUGUUCAGUAAAGUUACCCAGGGUACCGUUCAAAUUUGGAGCUCCACAGGGAAUGUGAAUGGUACCUUGGUAAGAGUCAGGACUGAGAAUAAUGAGAAACAUGUAGCCAUAAUGCUUAGUAACAAUGGAUUCAAACUGUUCCACAGCUCUGAUAAGGGAAAUAAAUGGGAGGACAUAACCAGUAAGAGACAUGACAUUACUAAAGUUAAAUUCUAUGACGACAAAAAUAAGGAACUUAAGACACCAGAUUACACAGUUAGCCUAGUCGAUUUCGCUUAUAGGUUCACACUUAAGAGCGGUGUCAAGUGUAAGAAUAUUAAACAUAACAACAAAGAUGUCUGGAAAUCUAGUGAUGAUAACAAUUUUAAGAAUAUCACUCUGAUUGAAUUAGGCCUUGUUUCCAAUGAUUUCUUCGUCCACAAAGAUGAAAAUACAAAGAAGAAACUGAAUUUUAAAUAG